CUCGUUGAGGACCACCUUAGGCUGCUCCCACCCCUUGGCUAAAGAAAAUAAUUCUGACUCCACUCAGUUUUCUUUAACUGUUCAGUUAUCAUCUGAGAAAACUUUGCUCUUUUCACUAGAGCAGCUAAAGGAAUAUUUGGAAUACCAAAGUAUUUUUUGCAGUGAUUUCUUUUUAUCAUCUCAAUUCUCCACUACCUCUAAAAAAAUUAAUCAGAAUUUGGAUCCGUCUGGUUUCAGGAUUGGAAAGUGACUCUGUAAGCAGAUCAAAGAUGUUUGUUAAAGUUCCAUUCUUCAUCUUCGUCCUCGGGAGCGUGUCUUUUGUAGCACUUGCUCAAGAAGCAAGCUCAGUUCUAGAAGGAGAAGAAAGUGCAACAAUUGAUUUCAGAGACAGAAAUGACACAGAAUUUGAAGAAUUUCCAACAGUGAUUGGACACCUGAAGACCACGGAAAGUGCCUUUGUCCUGGAGGGGGAAAGUGAAAAUUCUACUGCUUAUGAAGUUAACACAGAAAGUGUCAAUGGUGAACGGAGUGGGGAACCAGAGAAAACUGAUGAAGGUGGUCUGGGAACAACUGCACUGGUUGGAAUAAUUAUUGGAAUCAUUGUUGCAGUUGGAAUCCUUGCAGGAAUAAUAAUUGCUGUUGCAAGGAAGAUGUCAGGCAGGUACUCGCCCUAAAGACAGUUGAAACAAGCAACCAUGCCAUUCUAUGCCAGAAAAUCAAGUGCUUCUUAUUUUACACAAACUAAAGACUAUUCCUAUAUUUGUGUGAGAAGAUGAUCCAUGGAAAAUAUAGUCAAAGAAUUUCAGAUCUAUGGGGAUACCACACAACUCUAAGGAUCACCCUCACCCCCCCACCCCCCCCACCCCCCCCCCAGAGUAUGGAACAUUUCAUAGGAUUUUUUACUAACCAGAAGUUUACUAGAAGAAAAAGAUUUUGCAGUAAGAAAAAACCCUGCAGCAAAGAGAUGUACAUCUGAAAUGUGAUUUUGCAGGUAUUAUAUGCUUGGGUUUUAAAUGCUACCAAAGACUAUUUCACAUUACUUGAUAUGUAUUCUUUUAAAACAAAAAAACCCCCGUGUUUUUGACUGGUUAAGUGCUUCUGGCAUGUUCAUCUACCACAUGAUGUAUCAAAAUGGAGGAAUUAGCUUCAGAGAGAACCAGUUAUUUACAAAUUAGGAAAAUACUGGGUAUUCUAAGCUAAAAUCUUUCCACUACUGAUACAGAUUUUCUGCUCUUGAUACUUAAUGUUAUUUUGUGGCAAAAUAUGGUAGGUCUGGCUGGAACUGACCUACCAAGCGAAAGCUUGCUCGUCUGACUAUGGCAUCAGGAAUUUCCUGCCUUCCCUUGUUGUGGAGACACGCAGGAAUUGAAAUACACAUCCUGAAUUAAGGGGUGCUUGGAAAAUACCCAGUUUUGAUGGGUCACUUUAGAGCUGAUGUGUAGAAGCUUUUUAAUUAGCAUACACCAUUUUUUUCUUUAUGCCUGUCCCAUUUUCUAACUGUACAGUAGAUUUGUUUGACAACAUGUGCAACACCAGGUCAGAAUGUGUCACUGAGGUAUAAUGCAUCUUUGGAGUCUGCAGCUUUUCUGGGGCAUAUUUAGUGCAGCACGACCUGAAUGUGCAGAGCUCAGGGCAAAGGCUUUGCACGUCAAGUGGCUGCAGUGCAUCAGGUUUCCUAAAUUUUAUGGCACUUCAGUCAUGAUAAUCAAUAUGGUCAUCAUUUGCUAAAUGUCAGCUUAUCUGUGUUUGCUUUUCUGUUUCUUUCAUGUGUGUUGAACUAUCAUAUCGCUACAAGCUUCAGAAAUAAAAAUCAUAAUAUAAACUGUAUUAUUUUACAAUAAUUGUUCUUGGUUUUAUUUUUAAAAAAAGUAAAAUGUCUUAAACUUUC